CUAUGUUCCUGCGUGUAUUCCUGAUCAAAGUAGAUCCAGCAUCGAGUGAUACCAGACUUUUCAGCGAGUCGUGUCUCGAUUCGUAUCGAUAGCAAGCAAGCAAACACACGUACGCGAGAGAGGCGUACACGCACAUACACACACACACAGGCAGAGGAGAGAGAGUGUCCUCUAGACUGGAGGAGAGCGCAAGUACUCGGCAUGAAGGGCACGCAUUGGCCGGUGUUCGUCUGCGUUCUUAUGGCGACGACGGCGUUCUCCUGUCGACAGAGCGAGUUCCAAUGCGGCAACGGCCGCUGCGUCGCCCUGAACAAGGUGUGCGACGUGGUCGACGACUGCGGCGACGGCACCGACGAGCCACGGCAAUGUUCACCGUGCAAUAAAACGUAUUACGGCGACGUGGGUAAAACGUACGACCUGGAGCUUCACAGGCCGAAGGAAGACAAGGUGCCUUACAUUUGCAAGCUCACGUUCAGCGCACCCGGUGGCGAUCUGGGAGACAUCGUACAGUUGACGUUCGACAGUUUCACUCUGGGGAAAUUCGUGUCGUUCACGGCCGAGGGUUGCCCGGACGGUUCGCUGCAAAUAUCGGAGGCCCAGAGACCGGACGUCGGGGGCCUCUGGUGCGGCACGUCGUUGGGCCCGGCGAUUUACUACAGCGAAACACAGACCGUCUCCAUCACCCUGAAGCUGCUCAGGCUCAGCAAGGAUCAGACGGGAUUCAAUUUCGACUUCAGAAUGGCGUACAAGAUGAUCAGAAAAUCUGACGCCGUCGUGCGUUACAGAAACCCUUUCGUAGGGAUAACGCAGGCGACGGGUAUGCCGGCGUCGACGGAAUCGACGGUCUCGACGUCCUCGAGCGAUUACGCGAACAGCUCGAUGGCCAUGCCGGUUCAGAUGGUCGAGCAAACGUCGCUGACGACGGCGACGAAGCCGAGCACCGAACAAUACCUCGGGGACCUGAUAUCCGGCACCUACUGCUCCCGCAUAUUCAGCAACUGCGACCGGAAGAAAUGCCGACUGCAGUCGCCAAACUUCCCCGGACUCUAUCCCCGCAAUCUCACCUGCUACUACGCGGUGAGGCAGCAUGACGUACCACCAGGGAAACACGCUUUAAUUUCGGUGGAACAACCCCGGGGUCAAUUGGUUGCCAUAAGGGCGAGGCCAGCCACCCAGGCGGAAUCGUCGCCCCGUGAACUCCGCCUCUGGGAAGACUGCGACUUGGUGCAAGAUUACGUGACGGUGUACGACGGUUACACGACCCGGGACCCGGUGAUCCUGAAAUUCUGUGGGGGCGGCGAGCCGGUACCGGAAGCGACGAGCAGCGGCACGGAGAUCCUAGUCGAGUUCACCACGUCUCCUUACGGCACGUUCCUCCAUCCUACGCCGCCGCACUCGCUUCACGGGUUUCAAUUAGAAGUGCAAGUGAAAUUCGUGGACGCUGAUUCGCCCACGUAUGCGAGGAAUAAACACUGCGAGUUCUGGCUGCAGGGUAGCGGAGGCGGAGUGUUAGCUUCUCCCAGACACACGCUGCCGCGUAACAGCACGUGUCUGUACCACCUGCGCGGUGCCGGGCCAGCGUUACCCAGCCCGACACCGCCGAGACCCUUGCCAAAGUUCCCAGAACAACGUCCAGGAACCGUUUGGAGAAGACCGGCGCCAAGACCAGCACAACCGCAAUUUCGCGUCUGGUUGUCCAUCCUCAAGUUCCACGUGGGAACCAGUCUUUCUAGCGGUGAUCAAGAAUGCUCUACCACUCUCAUGGUUUGGGACGGCGAGAUGAUGCCUCUGCAAGAGUGCUACGACCCUACCUGUGAGAAGGAGCAUCAACGUCACGGGGAGAAGACUACCGAGCCCUCGCAUCCCCUGGAGGCUCGUCCCGUGGGUAACACGACGUUAUUAGCCCGCUACUGCAAAGACAAUGUACCUAGGACCUGCGAUCAUGCAAUUUUGCAAAACACCAGCCGUCCCUGUUCACUCGGGGAGAGCUUCGUGUCCAGUGGGAACAGUCUGACCAUCGAGAUGCGGAUGGUCGAGUCGACGGCUCUCAGGCCAGUGAAUUUCCGGGCAUUGUACGAGUUCGUCGACAUUCAUCAAGACGGAGACCCGUUUGGAACUGGGCCCUGCUCUAGAAUCUUUUACAGUCGCAAUAAAGAUCAUUAUCCUGACCGUAGAUUCCAGGCGCCCCGUGAUAUUUUCCUCUACGGCCGGGGCGGCACUAAGAAUAUCAGCUGCGUGUACCGAUUCGAGGGUGAUCACAACGAGGUCGUGCAGCUACGGUUCAACAAGCUUCUGAACGGGAACCGGACGUGCCGUAGCGUCUCUAGCCCAGACUACGACCGCCUGCGCUGCGUCGGAUCAAGCAACUUCUCCGUCAAGGUGCUGGACUUUCCAUGGCCGAACGCACCACCGGUUCAACGGGAUUGCUUUUGCUCGAACCGAUCACUGCCCAUGAACGUGAAAUCUACUUCGAACAUCGUCGAAGUCCACUUCACUGUGCUGUCUAUGAACGCGCUGGAUGAUUACAACAAUCUAUUCUUCCAAGGCAGUUGGGAUUUCGUGAAAACGACGCCUUGUGUUCAGAAGAGAAGAGUCAAAGGACCGUCUGGGGAGAUCAAUUACGUGGCACCCAUUAUAGAUGAGGAUGAGAAAAAUUGUGAGAAGCAUCCGUGGCUGAUAGAGCCAGGACCGAACCAAUAUCUGUACGUGAAGACGCACGGUACAGUAAUGAAGAACGCGAGCAAGUGCGCGACGAAGAAUAGGAUCGUGAUACACACGGGAGGUACUAUUCACGUGUCUGUGUGCCCGAGACCACCUGCAGAUUCUAGACACCACGUGGUUGAGGUUUUCAGCGACGGCUGGGCCGUCAGUGGCAAGGCGAUGAUCUUAGCACCGAGUCAAGAUCCAAUCAGAAGUAUAGCUGUUGAGUUUAUCAUCAAGGAACCCGACACGUACACAGUCACCUGGCUCGAACUCAUCAGAAGGCCCUCAAUCACGUCGACAGCAGGGCUGCAGAUGCCUCGGGACUGCGAGCAACGUUGCCCAGAGUUGGACGCUUGCAUAAACGCAUCGUUAUGGUGCGACGGGAUAUCCCACUGCCCUUCGGGGUACGACGAAGCCCUCAACCAUUGCUCAAUCCUGCUGAAACUACCGCCGCUGCAUUUGGGCCUUGGACUGCUAGCGAUCGUCACGAUCCUCGGCGUGUUCUGCUUCGUGGUGUGGCGCAUCUGCAGGCAACGGGCGAACCGCUCGAUAUCGCAGCACCGGCUGAAGAGCAUUUCCUCGGAGACGGCGAUCAUCGACGGGAAGGAAGUGAUUUGCUGACACAGCGACAGUUCUGUGCGUUACGUAGAGGUCGAUCGGGUGACCACCGUGUGACGAUCGCCCACGAUUGUCUCGCUCGUCGCUCGUCGCUGCAUCGUCGUGUCCUCUUGAAAUUGUUGGACUCAGUAAAGGUGCAUACUUCUGUCGCAUCCUAUCACCGUUGCGUACCAUAGUUGCAUGCUUGCCACGUACACCGAUGUUCAUAACUCUUAUAAUGUGAAACGUUCAUGAUGAAUGAAAUUCUGAUUUACAAUUUGUAGGCUUCAUUUUAUUUGCCAAGUAAAAAGUCAUGCAAAAUCUCACAUUUCAUUAAUAUCGUUAUAUGUGCAAAUCGUUGCUAUUUUUUUUAAGUACGAUUUUAUUGAAAUAAAUCAUGACUUACACUGUCAUUUAUGCAUGAUAUGCAACGGUGAUACAAAGACAUGACACAAGUGGAUACGUACGUUAAGACGCGACGCGUCGCCCUCAGCGUUACGCGCAGAACUGUAUACGUAGGAAAUCUAGAUUAUAAUAUACUUGGAAGGUUCGAUGCUCAACGACAAGGACUGGUCCUCCUCCUCUUCCUCUUCCUGCUCCUUUCAACUGAACUAGUGCUUGAAAAUUAAUCUUGAUAGGAUCCCAAGUUGUGGUAAAUAUAAGAUGAAAAUGGGUGUUUACAGAUUUGGUUUUCAAAGUUCUCCCGUUUGCAGUGCAACAGGUAGGAAUCAGUUCCAUUAGUUUGCAUUUCUUUUAAUUGAUGCAUUUACUCAUAGAUUUGUCUAUACAUUCAUUUAUGCAUUUCCUUACACAUUUGCUUAUGCAUUUCUACUUCUAUUAAUUCGCCAUUUGUUGUUCAAUUCUAGUAUAUCAAACGAUAAAGAAAAUAUGUACAAAAUAUAUCCCAGACACAUAUUAAAGGUGAAUGUAAAAUGUAUUUAUCAAUACUCAGAAUACUGAUUUGAUCUCUCAGUUGUUCUAGCAGGUGUAUCGAACGAAACGAAAUUAUUUAUCGUUUGCUUUACGAGCAAAAGGCAACGUGUUAUGACUUCUCGAGUUGCUUGAACAAGGACAAUAAAGAGUAAAAUCCUAGUGAUACAUCCUUUCGCUGGUAGCAUAGCUUAGCGUUCGAUCAAAUUCUGUUGGGAAACAGCAAAUGGUCCUUAGCGUCGAGCAGAGAACCGAUAACAAAUACUCGCACUAUAAUCGGUUCUCGAUUAAUCGAUAGGAGACGAUUAUGAAACAUCAAUUUCUUUCUCUCUCUCCUCUCUCUCUCUCUCUUCCGCUAUGUCGUGCUCUCUUUUGGGUAAGCGUUCAAGUGAACUACGAUCUGUCCCAUCGUGAUCAACGAGUACUUCCAGUUUGACGAAAAUUUUGGUCCGAAGAGUGAAAGAAAAUAUGAAUGGUGCUAAUACUUCAUGGGGGAAAAUCGUAUGAUUUCGAAGUUUGAAGGAGGAACAGAGGAAUGAGCGUUGAUCACGGUGGAACAGGACAAGCAAGUUGGGAACUAUAGAUAUUGACCAAAUGAGUGAUUAACGUUUAGACGAUUCAAUAACACUGUCAUUAGAGACUAAGACUUCGGGAAGAACGAAGAAAACGACUUAGAACUAUGGUAGCCUGAAAUUAUGUGAUAUAUGUAACGCUGUUUUCCGCGGAGCUGUGCUCCGUUCGAUGAUUGUUACACCCUUGCGAGGGGUUCGUCGUGCAAGGAUCCCCCUCGCUUGUACACCAUUGUUCAUACUUGUACAUAAACCACUAGUUAACUAUUUAUAUUAACAUUUAUGCACGGAUCUACGUUGCCUAGAAAUUAAUUCAGUUCUUUGUCCGUAAGUACAUUAAAGUACUGGAACACAAGUUGGAAUAGUUCAUCGCUGUGUCAAAAUUACACGUAUUUCGAAAUUCUCUCGAGUUUUAUUUAACUGUGAGAGCUGAAUCGAUCGUUGGGAACGGAGAUCACCAAUCGCUUUACUACUAGCCGUAAGGUAGAGCUCGCAGGUGAUUAAGACCGACAAGAGGCGAAAGGGAAACAGGCAAAAUACCGGUCAGCUAACUAAAAGCACCGCCACGAAAUUAAUAAUUUUGGAGAACAAGCAUCGAGUAACCCGGCCCUCCGUUAUACGUUGAUCAAAGACAAUCGUUAUAUGGUAUCGUUAACUGUGCGUACCGCACUUAUUUUAAUUAAUUCCACGUGUACGCUUUAGGUGGAUCGCAUCCGUCGAAUAACAAGUGAACGUUCUGAAAAAGAAAAGAUACCCUCGAAACUGCAAGGGAUCGAUGUUUUCAAUGGAUCUUCGUUCGUUCGAUUCUCGAGUGUACAACUUUUUACAUUUAAGUGGCUCGGACAAUUUUACACAGCUCGGGGUAAAUGAAAUUUCACGGCGAGGCGAAAGUUUAUUGUUUGACGAGGUCGAUGAACGUCGAAGCCGAAUCGGUGACCCGUUUUUUAAACGCGAACUCGUGCAACGAAUCACGCCCAUUUAUCUUCCAUUAUUCUCUUGGUGUCAUUCGCGUUUGUUACGUUUCGGGGACCAAUUAAGCGCGUCGAACGCCAGAAACGGGGGGGAGGACGACAGUUUUCUUCGUUAUUCAGUUGACCCAUAAAUUUCCAGAGAAUCGAAGACUGAGAUUUAUUUUUAUUUUCUCGCGUUCUGUCCAAUGAAAAGCGUUACACGAUAUCAGUUCACUGCCAUUACGUUUUUUGGAUCUCGGAAACGAAGAACGAACACACACAAUUUAACCCUUUUAAUGCCGAAUAUUUCUGGCCGCAAUUUUUCAGUGAUAUCACGUUACAUGCUAAAAGGGUUAAACAUUCAUGGAAGCGAAAAAAUUGUUUUAAAGUCAAUAACUGACACCGAUGCUUUACAAAAGCUGCCAAAGAGAAGAUAAUCACCCGAAACAAUUCAUUACUAUUUAGGAAUAUCUCUUCUCUGAUAGAUUAACGAGAGUCCAUGGAAGAAGCGCACAAACGGUCAGAUCCGCGCCGAUCCGAGAACAUUCCAUGGAAAUCGAAAAGAGCAGAGAACGGCAAAGCUUAUUUGAUUUAUUACUAGCCGAGUUCUCGUUUCAUUCCCUCUGUCGAGGAAUCGGAAAGCUUCCGAGGAUUAGAACGAAGCAAAUAAUAACGAGAGAAGUCGCGUGCUUACGAACGAUAAAUUGUACAACUAUAAAAAUGGCCCGGCAAUUCUUCUUUCUCCCUCGAGCGUGACUUUCAUACGAUAAGCAGACUGCAGAUUUAAUGCGUUUACACGAUAAAUUGAAUGCAUUAAAUACAGAAAAUAUGUACGACACGUUUCUGUAUAUUCAAUUUAUAUUAUAAUAUAACAGUACAUUUCAUGUACAAGUACCAGAAUGCAUAUUACGACGUUUAAAUGAUAAAGGAAAUUCUCAUUUAAAACACGGUUUUAAAUGUUUUAUUCCGCAUAAAAAUCUGCAGUGCACUUAUAAAAACACGAGGUCCUUGCGUGGAAACAGAAGUGAACAACAGGGAACGAUGUUGCGCGGGGAUAAAUACAUUUUCAGAGCGCGAGGGGUGGUUGCGUUGUUCACGUGUAGGUGGACAUUUAAAGGUUUUAUUGCCGCUGCUGGCUCGAACCGAUACGCAAACAAACGGUGCAAUUUAUCGACGGACCUUUAUUGACAUCGUUCCACGAAAACGCGACCCGCGUGUUUAGAGACGCCCGCACGCGAAGGCCCACUCGGAACUGGAAUUGCAAACCCUGUGGUAAUUCAUACGCUUCCUGCCAUUCUAUUCACAAAUUUCAGUAUUGAUCCCGCCGCGAGCAUUUCUUCGAGUACAAAAGAAAGAUUUAAACUCGACCUUUACUUCUCCCAACAUGUAAUUCCAAGCCAGGAAAUAUCAGAAAGAGUAACAAUAAUAAUGUUUAAUUCGUCAUAUAAUUUAAUCAUCGAUAUAAUUAAUAAUUUAGAGUUUCAAAUCUUAAUAAUUGAAAACCUGCAGAUAUAAGAUUAACGAUAAAAUUUGAUUCGUUACAUAUAUAAUUAAUAAUUUAAUUCUGAAAACGGUUCAUCAGAAUUACAGGCCAAUGGUUCUUGAAAUGGGGGUGUACACGUGUGUGUAAAUAAGCGAGCGACUCAGUUGUAAAUAAAACGUAUACACGUACGAGUUUUAACUAAUUAUAGAACACGAAUAACUACGUAGAUGAUUAGAAGUUAAUAAUAAUGUAAAACCAUAUCUACGAAUACGCCGGAAUUUAAUUAACGGGAAGUCAGCCACUCGUUUUAAUACUCCUGUUAUUAUCGAAUUUAAGAGGAGCAGACUGCAGAUUUUAUGCAUCCAUAGAGAUAUUAAGUAUGCGCAUUUGUAAAAAUAUAUCAAAGUUAAGCGUAUUACUUAAACGAUGAAAGAAAUGUUUUAUUUUACAUAAAAAUUUGCAGUCUAAGAAUAAUAUGUGAAACUUGUGUUUCUGUAUUUUUAACUUGUAGUCUGAAACGAUUAAUCAAAAAUAGGACAACGGGUGCUGAUUAUUAUUCACGAGGAGUAUUAAAAAAAUAAAACACGAGUGCGGUAUAUUAUGCGACUUCCGAUAGGCGUGAGUUGAAUCAACCUAAACUUCUAUGUAAAUAAGUAAGAGUGUAAGCGUUGCCGAAAUAUGAGAAACUGCACAAGGCGAUUGAGUUUAAUAAUCGUUUCUCGGCGAACUGUUACAUGUAUAAAUAGAGUUAAAAGUGUAAGAAGAAACCGGAAGUGAGACAACGGUGAACAGGAAGAAUGUACAGCGUUUAAAAUCUCAGGCCUGUCCGCGUUCAAUGGAAUUCCCAAAUCGAGUGUACUUUUGUAAUAGUCUCCGAGAACUAGAAUAGUAACGACAAGUAAAAGUAAUCAUAUCGUGUAGUGUCGGUACUCUUUAGAGGAUAAAUUUAUAGUACAAAAUAAGAAAAAAAAAGUUAAAAAAGUUGCAACGUUAAACAAAAGACAUAAAACUUCAUUCGUGUAAAAAUGAAAAAAAAAAUGGAAAAAAGAUAGAAUCGAUAUAGUUUUCUCAUUUUGUGCUCUAACUUUGUUCGACUCGUGUAAAUAAUGUACGAAGGGAGACGAAGACAGGAAACGAUUUGGAUUCUAAAAGUACUAUAUAUCCGGUGCGCAGGCCUGGUUUAUCUAGUAGCACAGAACUUUUAUGGGUUCCGAACUCUUCCCGAAGACUGCCGAUAAACGCUUAUUGUUUGAAACGCUUUGGCGUUACCGCAAUAAUCGCCGUUCCAAGCGGUGAAGAUUAACGGUUAAGCAUUAUUAUAAAAUUAUACUUACACAACGUUUUCACUGCCGUCGUCGCGGUCUUUUGUAACGGUCGGUAAACCCGCACGGUUCUCUUUUUUAAACUAAUUCCGUACCUCAUGUCCACACCUUUUAUACUCUUGCUUUUCACCGGUUUUACAAAUAUUUUCUAUUGCACUUAUACAUUACCGACUGUCUGUACGCGGGCGAUUGAUUUAAAAAAGAAAAAAAAAAAACUCAACGAUUACACGACGGACCUUUUUCCUUUCCAUGCACAACGUUUCUCGUCCUUUACAUAAUACAGUUUUCGUUGACGAGUAUCUCAUGAGAUUGCGAGAUUGUAAUACACUGCGUCGCGAGUGUCGCGAGACACUCUCGAUUCCUGACACUGUUAUUGCAAACGAGUUGUAAUCGUAAAUAAACGAAUGAUCGCAGGAAGGAUGGACUAUAAAAGAUGUAAAACAGAUUUUGCGGUGAGCGUGGAAUCAAGAAUAGGUCCGACAAUAACAAAAUAACGUACGCAAAUGUAUGCGUGUCUGACAGGCCGGUGACACAUCAUUAUGAAAUAUAAUAACGAAAUUCUACAAAUAAUUUGAGUACAUCUUUGAUAAGAAUUUCAGUUAUUUGAAACGCUAAGGACGACAACUUCUGACGAGCUAAUGAGAUUGUGUCAUUCGGUCUGGAUUACAUCACUACGGGAUGAUUGAUGAGAACGAUUGGGGAUCGAUCACCGGCAGACGUAAAAGAUUCGAAGAGAACCUCCGGAAACAUGCUCACACGACAUGCAUAUAGUUACUAAUUAUACCAUUAUUGAUUACCGAUUCGAAUAUCGAGUACGCGACAUUUUUAAUAAAUUAUUUUGAAGAUUG